AUGCGCCAGAGCAUCAAGCAGCCGCACGGCGACCUGAGCAGCAGCAGCAGCAGCAGCAGCAACAGCAGCAGCAGCAGCAGCAACUAUGGGAGCAGCAAGAACAGCAGUAGCAACAACAGCAGCAACAGUGACCGCAGCAAAGGCAGCAGCAGCAGCAACCGCAGCAGCAGCCUUAGGACCAGGAGCAGCAGCAGCAGCAGCAGCAGCAGCGACAGCAGCAGCAGCAGCGACAGCAGCAGCAGCAGCGACAGCAGCAGCAGCAGCAGGAAGGCUCACCAGAUACUCUCCGAUAACGCUGCAGCAGCAACAGCAGCAGCAACAGCAGCAGCAGCAACAGCAGCAACAGCAGCAGCAGCAGCAGAGAUGGCAUUAAGGGAAGCAUCUGCAACGAGGGCUGCAGCCCCAGGAGGAGAGCAGCAGCAGCAGCAGCAGCAGCAGCAGGCGCAGCAGCAGCAGCAAUCGCAGCAGCAGCAACAGCAACAGCAGCAGCAGCAACAGCAGCAACAGCAGCAGCAGCAAGAGAAGCAGCACUCCAAGUCUACCUGA